AUGCCCCGCAAACGUCAAGUCAAGAAAGUAAGAAAUGUUCCUGAGGUUCCCGAAGGAGAUGAAGGCAAAGAUCUGACUCGUGAAGAACAACAACAGAAAUUACAAGUUUUCCUCGUGGAUUUUGAUCGCAAAUUUGAAGAAAAACAGCAGGCAGUACAACGUAAGAUUGAUCUUACCAUGAAACGGAUUGACACAUACUGUCAGAUGGGCAUACAGCAGAUACCAAAGUCCUUACGAAAGAUGAAGUUAAUAGAUUUUAUAGCUGCUGGUGGAACAUUUGAAAGUGCCUUGGAGUACCUGGCCAAAAAGGACGAUGAUUCUUAUCCUAAUCAAAAAAGUGUAGACUCUUUGAGAUCUAUUGGGCAAGGAAAGGCUCCUUCAGACAAUCAAUUAUACUCAGAUCCUUUCUUUCAGAAAAUUGCAACAGACUGUGCAUCAAUUAUAGAACUUGAGAAUCAAAUACCAAAAACCAGCAAGAAGACUCUUCAGGCUCAGGAUAAAUCUUCCUGUCCUUCAACUGCUAAAAAACCAUUGGUACAAUUUCAAGAAAUGACUAAUGAUGACAUUGAUGGCAUGGUUACACAAACGCUACGUGCAACUCGACACCGCAAUGUUGUAAAUAGUGCUAUGAAACCUGCAUCCACAGUCCGAAAGGGGUCAAGGCUGCGUACUGGUAGCAGAAUGAUGCAAACACCCAUCUACAGAGAUUUCAAGACACCAGCAAUCACCCCAAAGUUUGACCCUAAACUUCCAAUGACACCUUUUGAUCGAAGCCCAAGAAAGGGGGAGAGAUUACUGUCCUUCGCUGGUAGCCCCGUUGUCAUUCAAACUAGGAGAAACAGGAACCUUGAAAAAAUUCAAGAAAAUAUUAGUUCAGUGUUGUCAGAAGCUGUGGAUUCACAGAUCAUUAAUAAAUUGACUGAAGUGUUGGACUUGAUAAAGAAUGAUUGA